AUGAAGAUGCUUACAAAGUUUGAGUCGAAGUCUACCAGGGCGAAGGCAAUUGCAUUCCACCCGUCGCGGCCUUGGGUGCUGGUAGCGCUAUUUUCAUCGACCAUCCAGCUGUGGGAUUACAGGAUGGGGGUGCUGCUGCACCGGUUCGAAGAACACGAGGGCCCUGUCCGUGGAGUGGACUUCCACCCUACACAGCCUCUGUUUGUUUCUGCAGGGGAUGACUACAGCAUCAAGGUGUGGUCGCUCUCAACACACAAGUGCCUGUUCACACUGAAUGGACACCUGGACUACGUGCGCACGGUCUUCUUCCACACGGAACUUCCGUGGAUCAUCUCUGCGUCGGACGACCAAACAAUCCGCAUCUGGAACUGGCAGAACCGGCGUGAAAUCGCGUGCCUGACGGGCCAUAACCACUUCGUGAUGUGUGCGCAGUUCCACCCCACCGAGGAUCUAGUGGUCUCCGCGUCUCUGGACGAGACUGUGCGCAUCUGGGACAUAUCCGGGCUUCGCAAACGGCACUCUGCGCCUGGAUCGCAGAGCUUCGAGGAGCAGAUGAUCACCCAGCAGAACCUAUUCGAUGGCGGCUUUGGCGACUGUGUUGUGAAGUUUAUCCUGGAGGGCCACACGAGGGGAGUCAAUUGGGCCUCGUUCCAUCCGACUCUGCCCUUGAUUGUCUCCGGUUCUGACGACAGACAGGUCAAGUUGUGGCGUAUGAGCUCCACCAAAGCGUGGGAGGUCGACACGUGCAGGGGUCAUACGAACAACGUCGACAGUGUAAUAUUUCACCCAUUUCAAAACCUAAUUAUCUCUGUCGGCGAGGAUUCUACCAUUAGGGUCUGGGAUCUAGACAAGCGCACUCCUGUAAAACAGUUCAAAAGAGAACAGGACAGAUUCUGGUCGAUUAGGGCGCACCCUAAUGUGAACCUCUUUGGCGCGGCGCAUGACUCGGGUAUCAUGGUCUUUAAACUGGACCGUGAGAGACCACCUGUGGCUGUGAACCAGAACCAGCUUUACUUUGUCAACAAAGAGAAGCAGGUCCAAAUGUUUGACUAUGAAAAGAAGGUGUCCUCUCUGCCAUUUGUUUCUCUAAAAAACUUUGGAAAGCCAUAUAACGUGUUCAAGUCCAUCUCUUAUAAUCCCUCGCAACACUCUCUCCUCGUGAACUCAAGUAGCAGGGAUGGCGAUAGGUAUGCUCUUUGCCUGCUUCCAAAACAGGCUAGCGGUGCUGUUGAUGCCACAAAUAUAGUUGAGGAUAAGGGAAGCUUUGCGACUUUUGUCGCUCGGAAUAGGUACGCUGUCUACAACUCUGCGUCGGAAUCUCUUGAAGUACGUGGGUUGGACAACAAGGUAACCAAAUCGAUCAAGAUAGAAGGAACUGUUAAAGACAUUGUCUAUGGAGGCCCUGGUGCGGUACUCAUCUUGAAACCAAAGGCGGUAGUCUUGUUCGACGUGCAGCAGGGGAAAAAAUUGGCGGAGGUAGCUCUGAAGAUGGUUAAAUAUGCAGUCUGGUCCCCAGAUGGGCAAUACGUUGCUUUAAUGAGUAAACACACGCUGACCAUUGCUACUAGGAAGUUGGAGAUUACUACGUCUAACCAUGAGACGAUCAGGAUCAAGUCAGCGGCGUGGGAUGAAACUGGUGUUCUGCUCUUGUCUACUUUGAACCAUAUUAAGUACUGCCUAUUGAAUGGUGACAGCGGGAUCAUAAAAACUUUGAGCAAGACCCUAUACAUUACCAAAGCUCAUGGCAAGCAUAUAUAUGCUUUGAACAGAGACGGCGAUAUUGAGAUAUUGACCAUUGACCCAACCGAGUACCGCUUUAAGAAAGCUUUGGUGAACAAGAACUUCCCUGAAGUCUUGCGUCUCAUUCGUACGUCCAACCUUGUGGGCCAGAACAUCAUCUCGUAUCUACAGAAGGCCGGAUAUCCGGAGAUUGCAUUGCAAUUCGUGGAAGACCCUCAGACAAGAUUCGAUCUGGCUUUGGAAUAUGGAAAUUUGACUGUUGCGCUAACAGAAGCCAGCAAGCUACAAAACGAUGCGGUCUGGGAAAGACUCGGUAAGGAGGCUGUACUUCAGGGCAACACGACCAUAGCAGAAUGUGUCUAUCAAAACUUGAAGCAGCUAGACAAGCUCUCUUUCUUGUACUUGUUGAAAGGCGAUUCCAUCAAGCUUUCGAAAAUGGAAAACAUUGCAGAACAACGUGGUGAUAUCUCCAGUUUGCUAAUGCACACUUUCUACACUAACUCUGUGAGUAAAAGAGCCGACACCUUUGCGGCUGCAGGCUCUGUCCCGCUGGCUUACGCUGUCGCAAAAGCUAAUGGUGAUGAAGAAAAGGCAUCCCAGUUGCUAAAGGAGGCUGGGUUAUCGGAAGAUGAUGUUGUCUUGCCUGAAACUGUCUCUGGUUCUGCCUUUGUCAAGGACUCCACCCUUGCGCAGCCUUUCGAAAAUUGGCCUAUGCGUGAGGCAGAACUAUCUUACUUUGAGAAAGCAGUAUUAGGCCAAAUAGAAGAACUAGAUCUGGACACUGAACCAGCACCUGAAAAUGAAACUAAACACUUAGACUUUGCUGCCGAAGACGAAGACAUGGGUCUCUUUGAAGAUGCCGCCAUGAGCGGUGAGGAAGAUGCGUGGGAUAUUGAUGACAAUGAUUUGGCACUGGACGAGGAACCAAAUAAGGAUGACGACACUAUGGUAGAAGAGCUCGAUGCUACGGAGGAAAAUACGUGGGUCAAAAACUCAAAGUUACCGGCGGUACUCGUAGCAGCUGGUGCAUUUGAAGCAGCAGCACAGGCCCUACACAAGCAGGCCGGUAUCGUUAACUUUGAACCUCUCCGUCAACGGUUCCACGAUAUAUACGAGGGAUCUAGGGCAUAUAUGCCUGCUACGCCAAAGGAACUCUCCUCAAUCGCCGGGUGUAUCCGCAUGCGCGUGGAUGAAGAUGACUCAAAGGCUCUGCCUUACGUUCUUGGAAUCUCUUCUGUCACAUCAAAGCUGAACGAAGGCUUCAAGUUGUUUAAAGCCAAUAACCUCGAGGCCGCUGUCGAAGCCUUCCGCAAUGUCAUAUACAUGAUCACUUUGCUAGCAGUUGACAAUUCGGACGACGCCGAGACCGCCCGCAAUGCGCUGGAGCGUGCGCGUGACUACAUUCUAGGGCUCUCCAUUGAACUAGAGCGCCGGGCGUUGCCACAAAAUGACGUUAAGCGUAACCUGGAGCUCGCCUCUUACUUCACCAAGGUGAAUCUCUUUGCCCAGCAUCGCUCUAACGCCCUCCAGGUAGCAAUGUCCCAGUCAUUCAAGCACAAAAACUUCGUUCAAGCCUCGCAUUUUGCGUCUGAGUUCUUGGAGAUCGUCCCAUCGGGUCCCCGGGCAGACCAGGCUCGCAAAAUCAAGGACAAGGCUGACUCCCUUGCAAGUGAUGCUGUGGAAAUUGACUUUGAUCCAUACGCAGAAUUUGAUAUCUGCGCGGCCACUCACACGCCAAUAUACAAGGGUACACAAAGUUCGGUCGAUCCACUAACUGGCGCUAAAUACCAUAUCUCUGAGAAAGGCAAGUUGGAUAAGAUUGCGUAUAUUUCGAAGGUCGGUGCUACUGCAUCCGGUCUAAGGAUCCAGAUUUGA